AGGCAGGGCCAGUCCUUGCAGCCUCCAUGAUGUGGGAGCUCCGCUCCGUAGCCUUCACCCGGGCCGUCCUGGCAGAGUUUCUGGCGACCUUGGUCUUCAUCCUCUUCGGCCUGGGCUCUGCUCUGAACUGGCCUUCAGCUUCCGCCCCGAGCAUCCUUCAAACUGCGUUGGCUUUUGGCUUGGCCAUCGGCACGUUGGUCCAAGCCUUGGGGCACAUCAGCGGAGCCCACAUCAACCCGGCGGUGACAGUGGCUUGCCUCAUCGGCUCCCACGUCUCCUUCCUGCGUGCAGUCUUCUACGUGGUGGCCCAGCUCCUGGGGGCCGUGGCAGGGGCUGCCAUCCUGCACGAGAUCACCCCAGCCGACUCGCGGGAAGGCUUGGCCAUCAACAAGCUGCACAAUGAGACGACGACGGGGCAGGCGGUCACUGUUGAGCUCUUCCUCACCUUCCAGCUCGUCCUCUGCAUCUUUGCUUCCACUGAUGAACGCCGGGAGGACAAUGUGGGGUCUCCUGCACUGUCCAUUGGCUUUUCUGUUGCUGUUGGCCAUCUCCUUGGAAUCCGUUACACUGGUUGCUCCAUGAACCCAGCCAGAUCCUUUGCCCCAGCUGUAAUCGUUGGAAACUUUAGUGACCACUGGGUCUUCUGGGUGGGCCCCUUGGUUGGGGCAGCGGCCGCAUCCAUCAUCUACAAUUACAUUCUCUUCCCACAAUCCAAAACCUUCUCAGAGAGGCUCGCCAUCUUCAAAGGCAUGGAGCCAGAGGAGGACUGGGCAGAGCGCGAGGCACGGCGGCGGCAGUCAGUGGAGCUGCACUCCCCACAGACCCUGCCGAGGGGGAGGUCUGAGAAGGUAUAG